AUGUCCUUUGCUCCUAGAGGCCCAGCCUCUGUGGCCCUGUGACCUGCAGGUUUUGGGAGAUCCCCAGCUAAGACGCCAGGUCUCCCUGGAAGCCUAGAAAUGGGACCACUGACAUUUAGGGAUGUGACUGUAGAAUUCUCUCUGGAGGAGUGGCAAUGCCUGGACACUGUUCAGCAGAAUUUAUAUAGGGAUGUGAUGUUAGAGAACUACAGAAACCUGGUCUUCCUGGGUAUUGCUGUCUCUAAGCCAGACCUGAUCACCUGUCUGGAGCAAGGAAAAGAGCCCUGGAAUAUGAAGAGACAUGAGAUGGUAGCCAAACCCCCAGUUAUGUGUUCUCAUAUUGCUGAAGACCUUUGGCCAGAGCGAGACAUAAAAGAUUUUUUCCAAAAUAUCAUACUGAGGAGAUAUGAUAAAUGUGGACGUGAUAAUUUACAAUUAAGAUUAGGCUGUAAAAGUGUGGAUGAGUGUAAGGUGUGCAAAGGAGAUUGUAAUAGACUUAACCAAUGUCUGACAAGAACCCAGAGGAAAAUAUAUCAAUGUGAUGAAUAUGAGAAAGUCUUUUAUAAAUUUUCAAAUGCAGACAGACAUAAGAUAAGACAUACUGAAAAGAAAACGUGCAAAUGUAAAGAAUGUGGUAAAUCAUUUUGCAUGCUUUCACAACUAACUCAACAUAAGAGAAUUCAUACUAGAGAGAAUUCCCACAAAUGUGAAGAAUGUGGCAAAGCCUUUAACAAGUCCUCAGCCCUUACUCGACAUAAGAUAACUCAUACUGGAGAGAAGCCCUACAAAUGUGAAGAGUGUGGCAAUGCUUUUAAUCGGUCCUCAGCCCUUUCUCGACAUAAGAGGAUUCAUACUGGAGAGAAACCCCACAAAUGUGAAGAGUGUGGCAAAGCCUUUAACAGGUUUUCACACCUUACUCGACAUAAGAUAAUUCAUACUAGAGAGAAACCCUACAAAUGUGAAGAAUGUGGCAAAGCCUUUAACUGGUCUUCACACCUUACUGAACAUAAGAGAAUUCAUACUAGAGAGAAGCCCUACAAAUGUGAUGAAUGUUGCAAAGCCCUUAACUGGUCUUCAGCUCUUACUACCCUUACUCAACAUAAGAUAAUUCAUACUAGAGAGAAACCCUACAAAUGUGAAGAGUGUGGCCAAGCCUUUAACCGGUCCUCAGCCCUUACUGGACAUAGGAUGAGUCAUACUGGAGAGAAACCCUACAAACAUGAAGAGUGUGGAAAAGCUUUUAACCGGUCUUCAUACCUUAUUCCACAUAAGAUAAUUCGUAUUAGAGAGAAACCCUACAAGUGUGAUGAGUGUGGCAAAACCUUUAACCGGUCUUCACACCUUACUCAAUAUAAGAUAAUUCAUACUGGAGAGAAACCCUACAAAUGUGAAGAAUGUGGUAAACCUUUUAAUCGUUUAUCAAACCUUACUGUACAUAAGAGAAUUCAUGCUCGAGAACCCCAACAAAGUGAAGAAUGUGGCAAAGCUUGUAACCAUUCCUCGAUCCUUACUAAACUAAUAAGGGAAUUCAUAGUAGAGAAACUGUACAAAUGUGAAGAAUGUGGCCUGGAUUUAACAAAUCCUCAACAUUUACUAAGCACAAAAGAAUUCAUGAGAACUCAUGUGGAAGAUAAAGCCUAGAAAUAAGAAUGUGACAAAGCCUUUACAAGUUCUCAACACAUAAUUUAUACUGGAAAGAAAUCCUAAAGUGUGAAGAAUGUCACAAAGCCCUUAACAAGUCCUCAAUUAUUAACAGAUAUAAGAUGUUUCAUACUGGCGCAAAACUCUACAAUCCUGAAUGUCACAGUGCUUUUAAUAACACCUCAAACUUUUCUAAACAUUAAAAAAAGGAAAAAAAAGAUUAUACUAUUGCAAAACUCUAGAAAUACAAAGAAUGUGAAAAAGCUUUUAAAUGGUUUUCACACUUGAC